CCUUCCUCUUUCUUAUCAUUUAUAUUGUUAGGCCCGAAGGAGAACUGGUUAAAGAGAUCGUUACCACCAUUUUAAGUGAGCUGAAGAAGGCUUAUUUGGCGGUUAGUGACCUCUUGGUUGGUGUUGACAACGCAGUGAAAGAAGUUCUGGCAAAUAUUGGCACUGGCACUGAUGACGUAAAGACCGUGGGAAUCCACGGAAUGGGUGGCAUCGGAAAGACAACUCUUGCCAAAGUAGUCUACAACCAGCUUUCUCGGGACUUUGCUAACUGUUGUUUCCUUGCUGAUGUUAGGGAUACUUCAAACUCGAAAGGAAUUGUGUCCUUGCAGAACCAACUAAUUUCAGAACUCUCAAACCGGGCAUGUUCAAAUGUUGCGAACAAGGAAGAGGGAAUGAGGACGAUCAAAGAGAGAUUUUCUAGUAAGAAAAUUCUUCUUCUUCUUGAUGACAUCGAUGACGAGAGUCAACUAACUGCACUUUUGGGGGGGCAAGGUUGCUUUGGUCCUGGAAGCAUAAUACUUAUAACCACAAGAAAUGAAAUUGUUCUUCGUGCAUUCCAAGUAAAAUUUGUUUAUCAUGUUGACGUACUGGAUUCUGAUAGAUCCCUUGAGCUAUUCAGCAAGCAUGCUUUCAGAAGAGAUCACCCUCCACAAGCAAAACUAAAACAGUCCAGAGAAAUUGUGGAGAUCGCCCAAGGUCUUCCGUUGCUUCUUGAGGUUAUGGGUUCGGCUUUAUCAUUAUAUGGACAGACAGAAGAAAUGUGGGACGAUUACCUACAGAAGUGGAAAAAAGGCCCCAUGGAGAAAAUUCGAAAUAAGUUGAUGAUAAGUUAUGAAGCGUUGGAUCCCAAUCAAAGGCAAAUAUUUCUUGACAUAGCUUGUUUUUUUGUUGGCUAUGAUAAGAAUAUAGUAACGUACAUGUGGAAAGACUGUGGCCUAUCCCCAACAGAAGGUCUUCAGGUGCUUCAGCUGAUGUCAUUGAUCAAAAUCGGAGAAGAUAACAAAAUAUGGAUGUGUGAGCAAUUGAAAGAACUUGGCAGAGAAAUUGUUUCUCAAGAAAGUGGUGAGCAAUUGGAGAAGCAAAGUAGGCUGUGGAAUCACAAAGAGGGAUUGAAAGUACUACUGCGCAAUAAGAUAAAUGAAAAGCUCCAAGCCCUCCGCCUGCUGUUUGAGAAUACAUCAGAUUAUUGUUUCAACCUUGAUAGAUUUGCUGCGCUUCCAAAGCUUAGGUUCCUUCACAUGGAUAGCCGACACAUUGCUGACGAAGUUGACCGCCUUUCCUCGGAACUUAACAUUCUCUGGAAUAACAAGUCCUUGGUCACGUCGCUGACGAACUCUGUUAUGGGCAACAAGCAACUCCUUCCAGAUUUAAGAUGGUUCUCUUGGCAUAAUUUUCCUCAGCGGAUACUGCAGAUAAGCAACUUUUCAUUGAUUAAUCUGGUCAUUCUUGAUUUUUCAAGGAGUAAAAUUACCCACGAUUGGAACGGAUGGAAAUAUAUCAAGAAAGCAGAGAAAUUGAAAGUUCUUAACCUUUCGGGGUGCGAGCUCUUGACCAGGACUCCUAAUUUCUCCGGAUUCCCCAAGUUGGAGAGAUUGAUUCUUGAAAGGUGUGAAAGACUGGCUGCAAUCCACCCGUCGAUCGGUCAAAUGGACUCCCUAGUCUUCUUGAACUUGAACUUCUGUAGUGAACUCCAGCGCCUACCACAAGAGUUGGGUGGACUGUCGGCUCUCACGGAACUUCUCCUCGAUGGAACUUCUAUUCGAGAAAUUCCGGAUUGGGUUCUGAAGAACCUGAAGAAGCUUUCAUUGGAUGCAACACCAAUUGCUCGCCUACCUGAGACCAUCGGAGCGCUGACGAGCCUCGAAAGGUUAUCUCUGAAUUGGUGCUCCCAAAUGGGCAGGCUUCCCCACUCCAUUAAGGAAUUACGGUCCUUGAUUCAGUUGGACCUUCUGGAAACAGGAAUCACGGAGCUCCCCGACUCUAUGGAAAGCCUGGAGAAUCUGAAAGAAAUGAAACUUUCAGUGUGCUACGGGUCAGGGGGUAUCUCUGCCCUGCCUAAACUUCCAAUAAGCUUGAUUUCUCUGGUAAUCUCGUCUCCGUCGCUGAUAACAAUUCCGGAUCUUUCGAACCUGAUCAAUCUACAGCAACUGUUAUUGUCCAUGGGAGUGCCCGACAUCUCCGGCCCAUCUGAGCCAGUGCAACCGCAAGAACCCAUGCCAUGGUGGAUUGGGAGGUUGUCCAAAUUGGAGGUCUUGACCCUGACCAUCCCACAGAUGACCAACCUUUCUCCUGAGUUAGGUGAACUUCCUCGUUUGAGAUCUCUCCAUCUUUCCGGUUGCCAUGCUCUGGAAUGCAUUCCGCGGAUUCCCUCGAGUGUCUCAAAGCUUCACCUCAUAGAUUGCCCAUCACUUACCACACUCGACAUCUCAUAUUUGAAGAAGCUGUCGGAACUAUAUGUUGUCGCUACACCUCUAAGUCUAGAGGAUCUUUCCGGGAAGGAACUUUUGGACAAUCUGCUAGAAUGCAACAUAAGCGCGGACUAUGCGCAUGACUUGCAAGCGCAUCUGAGGUCAAAGAUGUUGGAACAGCAUGGACUCAGAAAAAACAUCGUGGGGCUCCGUACUAGAGAAAUGGACAGGGGGUACCUUACAGCUAUUGGGAAAUAUAAGAAGAUGUUUCUUUAAGUGAAAGGACGACUGGAUAAGGUCCAAAAUCAUGCACGUUAAGGUGGGGGGGUGUUGAUGAAGAUGCGGGUUCUGGUAAUGAACCUCUCUAACCACCCUUGAUGCGAUGAUUUUGAAAAAGCUGGUGGCAAAUUUUGAAUGUGUGAGCAAAUUUUGGACUACAGUGAAAAUUUUGAAAUUUUUUUUAGACAAAAAAUACUUUCGGGCAAAAUCGAAAGUGGACCUAAAUUUGAUGGUUUUUUUAAGGGAACGAGGCUUGCCAUUUAAGUGUCUUUGUGAUUUAACCCCUCACGUCGGGACAUGCUGAAGUUGCUUUUCUGC